AUGGAGUGUCCCGUGAAAGAUGGGAUCCUAUACAUCCAGCACCCCAAAUUUGGGAAGGUAAAUGGGUGUGUGUGUGUCUGAUUUGGUGGGUGGAGUGUCUGGCCCCAGGGAGCCUUUGCUGUAUGGGUGGGUGGGUUCAGUGGGAAUUUUGGGUCUUGUCAAAUGCAGGGGAGCAUUUUUCCUAGCUUUUCCUUCUUUAGGACCUGAGAUUACAUCCUCUGUAGUGCAAGAGUGUGCCUGCAGGAGCUGUCAUUGCUCGGUGCCUUUCCCACCUUCUGCUUUGUCAUGUUACUGUAUUGUGAAUUUACAGCCAAACUGAAUGUAAAUAAACUCAAUAACAAAUUAAAAUGCUAUAUGAAAUAAGGGGUGUACCUGAAGCAAGGUGUGUGGGAGAGAGAGGUGGGGGGAGAGACACAGAGAGAGCACAUAAAAUAAGUAGGAUUGGCCUGAAACCACCACUGAGCGUGAGUGUGCAGGGGUGGUCCUAUGGGGUUCUGCCUUUUAAAAGUGGGGGCCCCAGUGCCUGGUUUUUCUCUUGCUGCAGGAGGUUUCUAGAGAACUGGCCGCUUGUACUUUGGCCCAUUUAUAGUUUGUUGUCAAGGGACUUGCUUGACCAAGGCAGCCAUGUUGCUGUGUCCUAUCUCUUGGGGUUGGGGAUUGACCUGGAUCUAUCUAUCUAUCUAUCUAUCUCUUUCUUUCUGAUCAAGUAUCAUGUUGCAGGUGUUUGUGAACUCAGCUGAAGCCUCAGGCUCCCCUAUGGUGGAAUUGGCUGUGGUGCCAGAGCCCCCUUGGUGCCUGCCCAUGCUCAGCGGAUAUGGCAAGGUGGCGGAAAAGAAAUGGCUCAGUGGUUCUCUCAUUUUCGGUCACCUGCCUUUUUAACGUCCAGGGCUAGCAAAUGACACCACCCACACCGAAAGGCAGUCACAAUUAGAUAGUUUUGCAUUCCUUGGAGGUGUUCAAAAAGUAUUUCUUAACAUUUCCUCUGUAAGUAGGUCAAUAUUCUCCCCACACUACCCCCCCCCCCCCAAAAUAACUCCUGAGGCCACACAACAAGCUAAGGUUUGAAAUGAGGCCUUUUCGACUCUCGGCUUAUGCUCUUAAUCACUGGUCUACAUCCAUCGCACAUUGUUAAGAAACUUGGGUCGCAAAAGUGGCUAUAUUGCUUUGUGGCAAAUGGCUACUGGCAAAGCGAGACUGAAAAUGUCUGCAGCUGAUAUAUGCUAACGUCUAAAGGGUUCAGGCAGCAUUGCUGACCUGCUAUCUUGUUCUUAUUACUCAGCAAACUUGACUUUACGGAAGUAGCCAGUUACUCCCCAUGGGCACUGGGAAGGUAUCCUUCUUCCCCCUGUCUAAAAUGAACACUCUAGGGUAGAGGGAAGAGAGAAACAGCCCUGUGGGUGUCUUCCAUAUUUGGUGCUGACGUCCUUCUUAGUCCUCCUUGUCACAAGUGUAGAUUGGGAGAUAGAGCUUCGCCCGCUGAUAAUACCAGGCCUGCCUUGUAUUCUAGUGUACAGGUGAAAACUCCCUUCUUCUCCUGGCAAUUAAAACUCUGUACUAACCAACCACUUUAAAUAACAAACAAGCCCAACCUACCACCAUCCAAACCCUGCAAUGUCAUCACCAGAGGCACAUAAACUUUGGCUGAGCUUGGGAGCCAAGCCAACCAUUGUUUCUAGCCACUGCUAGAUUGACUUUCCUACUACUUGCUCCACAGAGACAAAGUGUACCUGCUACCCAGUAAGGGGGUUUAACAGAGGAGGAGUGCUGUGCAUGUGUGCACCCAUGCUUGGCUGCUUGCAAUAACACCUCCAAUCAGGUGCUAGGACACACAUCUUUAAAAAAAGAUGUUUUGGCAUCUCUCCACGGCUUAUAUUUAUUUAUUGUUAGACCAAAGUGGAGUUUUUUUCUCAUGGGCCAGCCAGGCUGACACAUCUGUUCUCCACCAGCAACUUGGUGGCUACAUUGGUAAACCUCAAGCUGGCAUGCCAUUUGUGCACUGGGAAGAUUUGGUGCUUCCACUUGUCCUGCUGCGGAGUCUCAAUCAUGAAAGAAAUUGGACUGUUUUGAAAAGGAAGAGAAAGGGGGGUGGGGAAGGCGGAGCCUGGUGUUAGGUGAACUGGAAGAGAAAAGGGCCACUAUACCAACUGUGACUGAUUUGACAGCUACAGCUAUUCCUGGACUGGGAAAGCCUUGCCACAGUGGUUCAUGCGCUAGUUACUUCUAGACUGGAUUGUGCUCUAUGUGGUUCUUCCCUCGCGUUUGAUCCAGAAGCUGCAGCACCAUAUAACACCUGUGCUCCGAGAUCUGCUGUGGUUGCUGAUUUGCUGCUGGGCCAGGUUCAAAGUGUUACUGUUUACCUACAAGAUCACCUUACCCCACACGUGCCCACUUGACCGCUUUAAUUGGCAGAAUCGGCACUAUUGCAGGUGCCACAUAAUGCCUGUUCCACAUUUGUAAGAAUUUGAUCAUUUCAGGUGGGAGCGCCUACACUUUAGAUCUCCCUUCACUACUCUUUUCAGUAUCUGUUAAAAACAUUGAUUAGACAAGCCUGCCCAGAUGCUUAGAAAGUGGACAUCAUUUGUUUUAGUGUUUUCACUUCUUUAUGUUUUAAAGUAGGAUUGUGAAUUUUCCCGAUUUUACUCUUUUAUCUUUUGUAAACUCCUUUGAGGGUGUUGUUGUUUUUACAAUCAAAGCAGUGUAUACAUUUCAGGAAAUAAUAUAAAAAUAAAUAUUAUAGACCACAGCCCUGAAACCACUACUGGCUGUCAGCUUUACACAUGUCUUUUGGGCUUCUGAGGCUUCCGCCAGACACUUCACACACAUUUCCAGGCUUUCUUUUAUUCCCAUGAGGUUUAGAAACUUGCUUUAAAAAAAAAAAGUAUGAUUUCAGCAGCUGGCUGCAGGAGGAGGAGAUGCUAAAUUCCUGCACAGAAAGCCCACAACCUACACACAUUUAACUUGUAUGCGUUCAGCUUUAUGCACUUGGUAAAAAUAAAUAAAAAUGGUUGGGGCACCCAGGGAAAAAUGACUUUGGCAGUCUCACCUCCCAUUGUACCAAUGUGUUUUGACUACACACAACUUUGGCUUUCGGCACAAUCCCCUGUGUAAAUUGAGGGCUUACGGUAUUUACACAGCAAUCCCACUAAUGCUUGCAGUGCAUGCAGAUUUGUGGCUCUAUGCAUUCAAUUGCCUAAGAGAGGUAAUCGCCAAAGAAUUCUUCGUAACCUCUGAUUCCGUAUACUGUACUUCCACCUGCUCUUGGCAAGGACUCUACAGGGCAAUAAAUCCCCAGAGAGGAUCACAUUUCUGCUUGGGUAACGUGCCUGUUAAAGAGGCCUUUUCCUCUUCGUGUGGAUUUCCUAGUGCAGACUGUUGUUAACUGGUGCCUGUCCCUGAUUGUGUGCUGUCACCUCUUGCCCCCUGCUCACAGAAGGUCUGGCGGAAAGUGUGGGCCCAGCUCUUCGCCGACAGCCCUUCUGGCAUCGCACGGCUCGAGUACUUCGAAGGGCGUGAAGGGGCCGCAGCAGAGAAGGCUACCCUGAGGAAGGGCGAGCGGAAGGUGAUCCGCCUCUCAGACUGCGUCUCGGUGGAGCGGGCAGGCGAGCACAGCUCUCCCAAGGACACCACAGCCUUCUUCCUGAGCAUGAUGGAGCGCAACUGCUUGCUGGCAGCGGAUCAAGCAGAUGAGUGGAUCGAAUGUAUCUGCCAGCUGGCUUUUCAGGUAUUGACCUCUUCAUAUCUUCAAUGGGAAGGCCCUGUGUCUCGCUGAACCACAGGGAGAUUCCUUCCGGCCACAAGUCAGAUGAGUGGAAUCUCAGAGGGGAGCCAAGCUGCUUCCUCUAGAGGUGGCUUGCAGUUGCAAGUUUCUGGCCCUCAGCGAAGGUUGGACUUUAUGACCUCCCAAGUCCUUUUUGACCUGCAUUCCAUUGACUGAAGAGGUCCUAAAUUUGACUGCUAUGGUGGCCGAUGUUCCCUGCCCAGUUGCUUUAAUGAUAAGUGCUUUUAAUUGUGUCUUUUUUUUGGUUAGGUUCCGAAUACAAGGGUUUAUAUAUUCUUGCAAAAAAAAAAUCUUUAGGUUUAUUCUGGGAAUGUAGAUGGGGAUGAAGCUCUGGAAAUUCUGGGCAUGGCCUCUGGGUCUGAAAUCUCCCUUGACGUGAUGUAUUGCAGCCUAUUCUCAACCCAUGUUAUUCAGAACAUUGUCUCGGUGAUUUUAAUGGGGCAUACAUUCAAGAAAGAAUGCAUAAGAAUUUAACCUUCUAGGACACUCCUAUCUAUAUUUACUUGAAUAUACAGUGUUCAGUGAGGCUCACUCCCACAUAGGUAUACACAGAAUUGCUGCCUUAAUGUGCAAAUAAUUUGCGCAAUCUCUGUUUUCAAUAAAUUCUUGGUCAUUCCUGUUUGUUGCCACUUAAAAAGAAGAAAAUAGCAGCCUAGUUUCCAAGGAUGUUAGAUGAGGAAGAUAAUAAGUUUGUGAUGUUCUUUAUGCAGGCAGAGUGCUCUGUUAAUGAUGGUGGGGCUUUAGUAAUGGUGAAACUGAGAUUGAGCGAGAAAAAGAAUGGCUCAUGGGGAAAUAGUAUUUAUGCAGAGCUGGCAACUAAGCUCUUUGCAAAGUAAACAGAUCCUUGGUGAGACACAAGGAGAAGAAAAAGAGAAAGUAUUAGAGUUGAAUGGGAGGAUCCAUGUUUUUAGUUGCUCAUAAGAACAGUAAGGUGUGGAACAGCUAAAGGGAUGUUUCUGGCCCGUAAGAAUGGACCAAGGGUUGAUGGGCACAUGGUUGAAAUUGUCUUAGUGUUCAGGUUGAGGUUCAAAGGGAAUAAUCCAAAUGUUGGAACAAGUCACCCUGCCUUUCUCUGUUUCUGUGAUGGUUUUCAUCUGAGAAAUGCUCUCCUUGCUUCCUUUCCCCUUUUGCUGUGCUGCACACAGAGGAUGCCUGCCCCCUCAUCCGGCUCAGUUGGAAACACACCCAGCCCACAGCCCCUCAUGGAGGAGAACACCAUCUACUCAUCCUGGCAAGAAAGUAUGUGCCUAAGGGGCAGGGUGGGGGGUGAAGGACCUGGAACAAAACACCAGUUUCUUGUACUACCAAGUGGCAGCUGAUGGAAGGAGAGGCCUUCUGGGGAAUUCAAGCUUGUAAGGAGCUUUGGUGCAGCUGCAGGUGCUAUAAGGUGGUGGCAGUGGGGAACAUGCAACCCUCUUCUUGCUCCCAACUCCCAUCAACCCCAUUCAGCAUGGAGGACCACAGAUUUCCCAUCUCUGCUGCACAGGCCCCAGUCCUCUGCUCAAAGUUGACCUACAGCCUUUCUCAAACUUGAGUUCCUGGAUGUUGUUGGACUACAACUCCCAUUAUCCCUAGCUACCAGGAAAAGUGGUCAGGGGCGAUGGGAGUUGUAGUCCAACAACAUCCGGGAACCCAUGUUUGCGAAAGGCUAGGACAUUUGUGAAAACCCAAACAGCCAACCCCCAUGCUGGCAAAAAUGUGAUAAGGUAAAUUGGAGGUGAGGAACCUAUUUCAGCCUGAAGGCCAGAUUUGAACUUAAUCAACUGUCCGGAGACCGUAUUGCAAUGGUGGAUGGGGGCAAAAGUGGAUGGAGCAAAACAACACAAGAAAAAUUCCUCUGUUAGCACCUCCCCCUGCCCGCCCCCACCUUGUCACCUGACACAGGCAACAGCACCCACACAUGCAUACAUACAUGCAUGCAUGUGGUCACAUAUACAUGCACUUUCAUACAUCAGACAUACUGGCACACAGGCAUGUGUUUACAUGUGCACACACACUCAGCAUUUUUCCAGCCAGUGCUCUCUACCUCAGCACUAGGGUGGCUGGAAAGAUCCACCUGCCUGCUCUUUAGAUAGGAUCUCUCAAUCUUGUCCUUAGCGCUAGGAUGGGAGAAUGAGAGUAUAAGGCAGCAUUUCUUCCCACCCACCCCCUCCAGCACGGCAGGUGGAAACGCUGCCUUUUGCUCUUAUCUCUCAUCUAAGUGCGGUGGCGUUCAGCACUAACACUGGAGAUAAAGAGAUCCCUCUGCCUGCUCUUCAAGCGCUUGUCACCAAUCUAUUCAGUUCAUCUAUUUUAUUUAACAAACUGUAUAUACCCCUAAGUGACUUACAAAACAUAAUGAUUAGAUUCUGAUCCUUAGAACGUGAUAGAUGUGCUGACUGAGCCAGUAGUCACGCUAAGUUGACUAAUAGUAAAAGCCAGAAAAUGAUGAAAUGACGUGAGAUGAACGGGAGAUGAGAAGGGCUUGUUGGGACAGGCCUGGUGGGGUAGAAUAGACCCACAAGCUGAAGGUUCUCCACUAUAGAGCUGAAUCAUUGAUAACGUGCCUCCCUUUACUGGUACCCCCCCCGCAAAAAAAUCUGCCAACUGAGGUAUGGCUGCCAAGCCCCACCUGGAAAGUGAAUCCAUAGCUGAGCUGAAAAGAUUUGAAACCAGGGGUCCAAAGUUCAACACUCUAAUAACUGGAGUCACCCAGCUCUUUUGAGCUGACAGCUUUACCCCACUGUUCUUCAAGAGUGUCAUGUGCAGUGCUCGCUUUGGCAGCACAUAUACUAAAAAAUUGGAACGAUACAGAGAAGAUUAGCAUGGCCCUUCACAAGGAUGACACACAAAUUCGUGAAGUGUUUAAUAAUAAUAAUAAUAAUAAUAAUAAUAAUAAUAAUGGAGUGUCAUGUGUCCCUUUCAAUGAUAUCAGCAUUAGAAACAAAGGACCCUCUAAAACAGGGACAAUUAGAGGCAAAGUGUUCUUGACAAGAAGCGUAAAACAAACAGCUUUGUGUGCUCCUAUUAUUAGAUAGGAGUUUCUCCUUAGCUGUUCCCACACUGUUCUGUGCCCCAGUGACUCUAUAUUUACUGAGGCAGAUGGGCAAGCUAAAAAAGGAGUCUCAUUUUGGAAGGAUGUAAAUUCACAAACACCAGUGGAUAUUAUGAUGGGGGAAUAUAUGUCUGAAGGGAACAGAGCAGUUCUGAAACAAAGUACCUGCUCCAACCAUUGUGCACUCCACAAGGCAGUUAGGAUAGCAUGGGAGGAGGAGGGGAAGCAAAGCAGUCCCAAAAAUGUCUUCAACCAUAAAAAAAAAAUGAGUCAGGCUCUUUAGAUAGAAGCACAACAAAAACAUAGGGUCCUCUUCAGAUUUCUGAAUCCCUUUCCCACCAGAGUUCCACUUGCUCCUCCCCUAUCAGUUUGCUCCUCCCCCUUGAGCAGAAUACAGUUUUCAAAGUAAGCUAACACAUGUGCCCAGCUACUUAAUCUUAUUUUUGCAGCCUCCACUCAUUUUGUGCAGUUUUGGUUACAGUCGUACCUUGGAAGUCGAACGGAAUCCGUUCCGGAAGUCCAUUCAACUUCCAAAAUGUUCGGAAAUGAAGCCAUGGCUUCUGAUUGGCUGCAGGAAACUCCUGCAGCCAGUCGGAAGUCGCGGAACCCAUCAGACAUUUGGGUUCCAAAGAAUGUUUGCAAACCUGAACACUCACUUCCGGGUUUGCAGCGUUAGGGAGCCAAAAUGUUCGACUCGCAAGGGGGUUCGACUUCCAAGGUAUGAAUGUACUCUGGUGGUGUGCAGUUUUGAUAAGUUUUUGUUUGCUUAUUUUUUUAAAACGUGCGCUCGCAGAGUGUAGUCAGAGCCAUGGCGGGGUUGGGAGGAAUUAAAACUAAGAACACGCAUGGCUUUUGAGGGAUUUGUUAACUUUUUGCAAUGCCUUCUCAACAGCCUGCGAGUUCCCCGUGUCAGUUUUCCCGACAGAGGCAUCUGCAAGAUGUCACUUGAAAGGGAACUACCUGAUGACGACUCUACCUGAGCACCUGGUGCUGAAGGACAUGCACUCCGGGCAAGCCCUCUAUACCUGGCCUUAUGCCUUCCUCCGAAGAUUUGGCCAGGAAAAGGUAUGUUGUGUCUGUUUCCUCCUCCAGUGGCCCAGAAAACACCCAUCCUCUACUGACUACCCUCAGGAAUAGCAUCAAAGGCAGGGAACAUCCUGUCUUGUCCUGCAGCUUGAGGACAGGGAGUACCCUCAUUCCCAGUGGGCUGUGUUAGCAGGCCCUGGUCACACCUUCAGCCGACAGGAUGAUUUCAAAAUAAGCGGACCUGGGACACGGGUGGCACUGUGGGUUAAACCACAGAGCCUAGGACUUGCCAAUCAGAAGUUCGGCGGUUCAAAUCCCCGCGACGGGGUGAGCUCCCGUUGCUCGGUCCCUGCUCCUGCCAACCUAGCAGUUCGAAAGCACGUCAAAGUGCAAGUAGAUAAAUAGGUACCGCUCCGGCGGGAAGGUAAACAGUGUUUCCGUGCCUUCUCUGGUUCUCCAGAAGCAGCUUAGUCCUGCUGGCCACAUGACCCGGAAGCUGUACGCUGGCUCUCUCGGCCAAUAAAGUGAGAUGAGCACCACAAUCCCAGAGUCGGUCACAACUGGACCUAAUGGUCAGGGGUCCCUUUACCUUUACCUUUACAGGGAUAGCAGAUAAGUCUACCUCACACUUCAGGUGAUGCUUCUUGUAGUGUGUUGCUGCUGUUCUGGGAAUAGUAGUAUCUUUAGUAAAUUCACACCCACCCUUUUCUGCCUUGGUGCAUUGGGCUAGGAGUUGAAAUGCUCACCCUCCCAUUAUUUCACUAUUAACUUGAACACGUAAAAAAAUUGUCCAUCCACUCUUCUGAUUUGACAGUCCUGGAGGCUGGUAUAUUUCCUCCCGCUGCCCCACCCACCUUCUUAGUUUGCUGCCUGCUCCUGGGACUUUUUAAACCCAUCCAGAUUAGACUCAGUUAGAGCUAUUUCAUAUGCAGGGACCAUAGAUCAGCUGCUGAAAGCGUGCUGCACAUCCUUUGCAUGCCGAAGGCCCCAGAUUCUAUCCCUGGCAUCUCCAGUUAAAAGAAACAGGUAGAAGGCAAUGGGGAAGAGUCUCUGCCUGAGAGCUGUGGCAAGCUAAACUGGGCAAUCCUGGGCUAGAUGGAGAAAAUAUAGUCCAAACAGAUGGACCUUUUGCUGCUGGAUGCCAAAGACAAGAUGACGGCCUUCCAUUCCAUGCACAGAAGCUACCUGGGCUGACAGCCGAGUCUUGGCAUUGGCACAGCACCCUCUACCACUCCUGGGGGCGGCAGGCUAUCCUGGCAGGCAGGAGGGGGUCGAGUGCAGGGCAGCCUAGCUUAAGGGACUUGGAGGAAUGAUGGUGGAUUGCUGCCCUGCCCCCAGUGGUGAAUGGUGCCCCUUUGCGACUGGUUGGGAGGAAGGCAGAGAGACCAGCAGCAGGUGGCGCCAGAGCCAAUGACCAGGCAGAGCCACCUGUGACAGGUUGUAAGAAAGAAGGCAGGUUGGGGUUGGCUGAGGGCAGGCUGAGUUUGGUGGGACAGGGCUCCCUUUGCCCUGAAUGGACCAGCCUGUGUUGCCUGCCCUCCCCCAGCAUCUGCCCCCCUGCUUGGCCCUAAUGGUAGGGCUGCCCUUGAGUCUGGCCCAAUAUAAGGCCUCUUCCAGGGUAAAUCUCUGCCAUGUCCAGCUAAAAGGAUUUUGGGUGGCAUAGCAAGAGGAAAUGUCUGCCUGAGAUGCCGCAGAGCCACCGCCCAUCAUAAUCCUGGGCUAAAAGGUCCCAUUGACUUAAAUCAGCAACUUCUAUCUAGUCUGUUUUUCUUGGAUCUGUCUCCAAUGAGGCUCAGCAUCACUGCUGAUCCACACCAUACAUGAAAAGCGCAUCCAGUGUGUGUUCAAAGUGCAUGGCUUUCCCCAAAAAGGAACCCUGGGAAACGGUAGUUUGUUGAGGCUGCUGGGCACUGUGGAACUACACUUCCCAGGCUUCUUUGGAGUUCCUUAAAUGUUUGUUGGGUGUGCUUUAAAUGUUUGGUGCUGCUCUGAUUUGUUUUGCCUUAGAUGCUGCAGGGGAAAGUUGCGCAGAGAUCUCAAUGAUGGCCAAGUAUGAGAAUCACCUUAAGAAAGCACCUUUGUGUUCCCCCAUUCUCUCCCCAGACGGUGUUCUCCUUUGAGGCCGGGCGCCGCUGUGACUCCGGAGAGGGCCUCUUUAUCUUUAACACCGUACGGGCUGCGGAGAUCUGCCGAGCUGUCUCGGCUUCCAUAGACCGCCAGAAAGCCACUCUUCUGGAGAGAGACAAGAAAGCCGGCAUCUCCCCAGCCCAGGACUGUGUGCAGAAAGCAGGGGGCUGGUCCUGGCCCACCAGCCCGGAGAGCCCAGAGGCAGUGCAGCCGCUGUACGAAAGAACGCCAAAGGGAAGUGUGGACAUGGGGUACUCGGCAGCGCCUCCUGGCGGCAGCCGCUCCAUUUCCCCAGAGUUCAAGGCUUCCGACUCGCCCAUCAUCUACGCUUCCAUUGGCAAGAGCUUCCCUCUCCCGUUCCAGCCCUCGGGCAAGGCAGAGGCAGAACCCAAAGCGGGAAGAGAGCAGGGCUCGGACCACCUCUAUGAGAAUCUGCGCAGUCUGGAGCAGCAGGCCCUCUGCGCGGAGCCUCUGAGCCUCGGCUACAGAGACUCCCCUGAGGGCAGCGGCAGCAACGGGGGGUCGCCGAUCUACGACAACAGCCCCGUAGUGGCAAGGCGCUCCAACAGUAACCCUGGCUUCAAUCCCAGCGCUGUGGGGGCUGACCCUACCCCAGACAGCCAGUGCCCUCCUCCCUUGCUGGAUUGCCAGGGGCCCGAAAGCGGAGGUGAGGGCCGGGCCAGGGCCAAGGCCAGAGGGGCUGGGGCCUUCAAGCACAAGCUGGUCACUAUGUUGAGCCGGGAUGGAGGAGCCAGCAAAGCAGCCGGCAAGAACGCAGGCUCAAUGGACAAAGCAUGA